GGAUCAUCUCACUCUCUGUCUUUCCUGAAUCUAAUUAAGUGUUGAAAUGGAAUUUUUAUUUUCAUGUUUAAAUUCCAUCACAGCAGUAGUUAUUGCCAUAUUUCUCUUCGCCUGCUAUAUAAGAAGAAGUUUUACAGCCUCCGAGAAACCUCAACCUCCCAAAGCAGCUGGUGCCUGGCCCAUAAUUGGUCAUCUCCCUUUGUUAGCAGCAGGAUCCCAAGUUCCCCACAUCACUUUGGGAGAUUUAGCUGACAAGUGUGGACCAAUCUUCACCUUUCAGAUUGGGAUACACAAAGCCUUGGUGGUGAGCUCUUGGGAAGUGGCCAAGGAAAUUUUCACCAUAAACGAUUUAGCCGCCUCUGACCGCCCUAAUUUCACUGCUAUAAAGUACCUGGGCUACGAUGGUGUUAUGUUCGGCUUUGCUCCAUAUGGAGAUUACUGGCGUCAAAUGCGCAAGAUAGUAAACCUGGAACUAUUGUCUAGUCGCCAGAUUGAGUUACGUAAGAACGUUAUCAUGUCUGAAGUUGAAACCUCCAUAAAAGAGCUCCACAAGCUUUGGAAGGAGAAGAAGGAUGGCUCAAGCCACGUGUUAGUUGAUAUGAAACAGUGGUUUGGUGAUUUAAUUCUUAACUUGAUUCUUAGAAUUGUUGUAGGGAAGAGGCACCUUGAUGGUGAUAGAAAAGAAGUGGAGCGGCGCCGGAAGGCGAUGAGAGAUUUUUUUCACUUCUCGGGGUUGUAUGUUUUGAGGGAUGCAAUCCCUUUCCUUGGUUGGCUGGACGUUGGUGGACAUGAGAAAUGCAUUAAAAGAGCUGCUAAAGAGCUGGACGCGCUUGUCAGCGAGUGGUUAGAGGAGCAUCGGAAGAAGAGAGAUUCCGGUGACUUGGCUGAAAAUGAACAAGACUUCAUGGAUAUGAUGCUUUCGGUCCUUGAAGAUGCUCAUUUUGUAGGUCAUGAUUCUGAUACGAUCAACAAAUCUGCAUGCUUGAAUUUAAUUGCAGGAGGUAGCGACACCACUACAGUUACCCUGACAUGGAUAGUUUCAUUACUACUAAACAAUAGGCACACGCUGACGAAAGCACAAGAAGAAUUAGACAUGUUGGUUGGCAGAGAAAGGCUAGUGAAUGGAUCAGACAUUAGCAAAUUAAGUUAUCUCCAAGCCAUAAUCAAAGAAGCACUUCGACUAUAUCCACCAGCUCCGUUGUCAGGACCUCGAGAAAUUAGGGAGAGUUGCACCAUCAAUGGCUACCACGUAAAGAAAGGAACUUGGCUGAUUACAAAUCUCUGGAAGAUCCACAGAGACCCAUGCAUAUGGGCGAAUCCAUUGGAAUUUAAGCCUGAGAGAUUUCUUACUAGCCAUAAGGACAUUGAUGUUAGAGGCCAAAAUUUCGAGUUAAUCCCAUUCGGAAGUGGUAGAAGAGCCUGCCCUGGAAUAUCCUUUGGCCUCCAAAUGGUUCACAUAACAUUGGCUAGCUUUCUACAAGCUUUUGAGAUUUCAAAUCCCACAAGUGCACCUAUUGAUAUGACUGAGAGUCCAGGGUUAACAAACCUCAAAGCCACCCCACUUGAAAUUUUGCUUUCGCCUCGCUUUUCCUUUGAACAUCAUAUGUAAUUGGAGUAUGUAGUUUCAACCAACAAGUCUUGAAAUGAAUGGUUUAGCACUCUUAAAAAGAAUAAAAGCAAAUUAGUCCACUCAAUAUGGUGACAUUUAAGAAGAUGAUC